GCACACGUGCCAGUGAAAAUAAUCGAGCUGCUUUGUUAUAUACAGUACAUCCGGAUAGUUUGACUACACAUUUCAGUUUUAAAGUCUUGUUAAACAAGCAAAUGGUUGCGUGCAAGUCACGUGCGUCUUACGUUUGGAGCCCUUGUGCUCAGUGUGGCAGCGGCUGUAAAUCCGACGAUAUAGGAAGGAUGUUCCGUCAAUCCAUGGCGUUUCCUCCACCGACCCAUGGUUCUGAUGCACCGCCGCCGCCUCAGCCGCCGUCGGUGGUGAACGGGAGUGAAACUUCUAGACGGCAGAAACAUAUUGCAGCAGCUUCUUCUUCUCCGGUGAAAUCCCAUCCGCUUCAUAACUUCCCUUUGUCUGAUCUCAGAUGGGCUAUGAAUCACGCCAAUACACAUCGGCUCCGCAAAGCAUCGAGUAGAUCUCCACUUCGUGAAGCUAAUCAUGGGAAAGGGAAUCUGGUGAUUGAGGAGGUGAACGAAGCUUCAGGUUCUUCGUUUGAAUUGAGACCGGAGAAGAAGAAGGGAAACAACGCGGCUGGUGUUAGCGAUUCCGCCGCAGAUCGAUCCACGACGAAGUCAACGACGCCGGACGGUAGAUCGAAGAUCUUCAUACGGAUCCGCACGAAGAACAACGAAGAAACAGCUGAUAUCGCCAACUCCGUCGUCGCCGCCGCUGUCCAAGUGACUGAUGAUUCAGCUGGUCAGGCGAUCGAUGCUGAAGGUGAACGGAUCUCCGAUGGUGGUGGUCAGGAAGCAGACGAGUUUGGUCCGAAGACUUGGAAUCUGAGGCCGAGGAGACCACCGCCGACGAAGAAGCGUUCAAUUGGACACAGCGGUGGGAUACUGAAGAGCUGUAACGGUGCUUUACCGGAGAACAACAAAUCUCUGGGAACGGUUAGAACAGAGUCAAUUCGAUCCAGGAACGGUGUAGAUGCUAAGAUGGCGACGACGGAAAGAAAGGAGAAGAAACCGAGGUUAAUGAUUUCGCUCUCAAAGUUGGAGAUAGAUGAAGAUAUCUACGCGUUGACUGGAUCAAAACCUAGCAGAAGACCAAAGAAGAGAGCUAAGAACGUGCAGAAGCAGCUCGAUGUUCUUUUCCCUGGUUUGUGGAUGGGUAACGUUUCUUCAGACGCUUACAAGGUCUCAGAACAUGCAUGAAAGGAUUGAAUGAGAAUGAUGUGAAGUUAAUCUUGUUGAAUUGGCUUGGACUGAAAUCAGAUAGGGGCUUCGAAGAAGCUUCUUCCACUGAUUGAGGUAGAAAAGAACUGCUGAAUGAUUCGUUUCUUCAAGUGUUGGCUUCAUUGCUGGACUAGUGAAUACUGUCUCGCCGGCGGUUUCAAGAGCUGAUUUCAACUUCCAACUUCAGAUUCGGUCCUAACUGGCGGCACUAUAAAAUGUGAAUAAAACUAGUUUUCUGAUCCAGUCGUCUUAUUUGUUACCACUAAUGUGAGGUGUUGAUACGGCCUUUAUUUUUUUUCUGUUUAUUCAUUCACUUUUUCUAAUAAGAUUAGUGGGAUAGCCUGACUUAUUAUUGUAAGGGUGAAUUUGCUCUAUAACCAUUUCUGAUAAAUAAAUUAAGAAUAUAGCA